UUUGGUGUGUCCUACUCCAAUGAUCCGAAUGUUACCAUCACAUACCCGACCAGUGUUCCAAGUUACAUUGCACCACCGGAUGUCUACUCCACCGCAAGAUCAAUGGGUCCAAAUGCACGGGUGAACUUGAACUACAAUUUAACCUGGAUUCUCCCAGUGGAUGCUGGCUUCUAUUACCUUGUCCGGCUACAUUUCUGUGAAAUCCAGUAUCCGAUGGUGAAGAUAAACCAGAGAGUCUUUGACAUCUACCUUAAUAACCAGACUGCAACAAAAGAAGCUGAUGUCAUUGGUUGGAGUGGCGGGAUCGGUAUCCCUGUGUACAGGGACUAUGUGGUGAUGACAAUGGGAAGAGGGCAGAUGGAUCUGUGGGUUGAGCUUCAUCCAUAUACACUCGCCAACCCAGAGUAUUAUGAUGCCAUCUUGAAUGGGCUUGAGGUGUUCAAGCUGCAGAACAGUAAUAACAGCCUGGCUGGUCUUAAUCCAGGAGCACGCUCGCCGCUCUACGUUGAUCCUGGAGAUCUCAGGAAGGGGAGUGCGAAACAUAAGAGUGAAGUUCCUGUUAUUGUUGGUGGCGUGGUCGGAGGUUUUGCUGUUUUACUCGCUGGUUUUUGCCUGAUUGGAAUGUGCAAAUGCCAGAAGAAGAAGAUGAUGAAGGAAGGGAAGGGUGCAGCUACAAGCAAUGGGCCUUAUGAGAUAAAAGCUGCCACAAAUGACUUCGAUGAGUCCCUUCUUCUUGGAAUUGGUGGGUUCGGAAAGGUCUACCGUGGGGAGAUAGAUGGUGGGAUCACAAAGGUAGCCAUCAAGCGUGCUAACCCGAUGUCCGAGCAAGGUGUCCAUCAAUUCCGGACUGAGAUUGAGAUGCUUUCCAAGCUCCGACACAACCACCUUGUCUCUUUGAUCGGUUACUGUGAGGAGAACUGUGAGAUGAUCCUAGUCUACGAUUACAUGGCCCAGGGGACCCUCCGCGAGCAUCUUUGCAGGACACAGAAGCCGCCUCUUCCAUGGAAACAGCGGCUUGAGAUCUGCAUCGGGGCUGCACUUGGUCUGCAUUACCUUCACACAGGUGCCAAGCGUACCAUCAUACAUCGAGAUGUGAAGGCAACAAACAUACUGUUAGAUGACAAAAGGGUUGCAAAAGUUUCAGAUUUCGGGCUCUCGAAGAUUGGUCCGCCCGCCGACAAGUCCCAUGUCACCACGAUGGUGAAGGGAAGCUUUGGUUACUUCGAUCCAGAGUACUUUCGAAUGAUGCAGCUCACAGAGAAAUCUGAUGUCUUCUCUUUUGGGGUCGUGCUGUUUGAGGUCCUGUGUGCUCGGCCAGCUCUUAACCCCAUGCUUUCAGAUGAAAAGGUGAGCUUGUCGGAGUGGGCACUGCACUGCCAAAAGAAUGGCAUGCUCGACAUGAUCAUUGAUCCCUACUUGAAGGGUAAGAUUGCUCCACUGAGUUUCAAGUGGUUUGUACAGACUGCAGUGAAAUGUUUGGCUGAUACUGGGAAGGAACGACCUUCCAUGGUUGAUGUGGUUCGGAACCUUGAGCUUGCCCUCCAACUACAGGAAAGAGCAGAGGAAAGUGACAGCAUCGAUGGAGGGAUCUCCGAUGAGACUGUGUUGUUUGUCGGGAUAGAAAAUAAAAACUCCGAUGAUCGGAGUCACUGGCUCUGAGUGACUGGCUCUUAGCGUCACCUUCUCAGAGAUUAAAAACUCAAAUAAGACGUUAAGUGCAUCUACGGAUAUCUCAUAAGAUAUUUUAAUAUAUAAUAUUCAUGAUAUUAAUACUGCAAUAAUUAUCAAUAUAUAAAAUUUCUUACCUAUCGAUAAUGUAUUUUAUACUUGAACUAAUGUUAGAAUUGUCAUGUUUAUU